AUGUGGAGAAAGCUCCUCAAGCUCCGAGAAGAGGCUUACCGUUUCUUCAAAAUGGAGGUUAGGGAUGGGCAAUCAACAUACUUCUGGUUUGAUAACUGGCUGGGCAAGGGGCGGCUGAUCGAUAUAACUGGAGCAGUGGGAACUACCUAUAUAGGACUGCCUCGUCGUGCUACAGUUAGUGAUGCAGUAAAGCAGAAUUCGUGGGCCAUUCGUGGGCAGCGUAGUCGUCACUACCAUGGCUUAUAUGAUACCAUUGUGGCAGAGACAGUUCCAGCUCCCCACCGAGGAAGAGAUAUCGUUCUUUGGAACCAGGGAGAAGAUGACUACCAGGAAAAGUUCUCGACUACUAAGACCUGGGAGCAGAUAAGAGUGAAAAAGGAUACAGUGCAAUGGAGCAGGGUGGUAUGGUUUACGCAAAGGAUUCCUCGGUUUUCUUUUAUUACAUGGUUAGCAGUCAGGAACAUGCUCGCAACGGGAGACAGGAUGCGCGCUUGGGGGAUGAUUCAAGAGUGUACUCUAUGUGGCGAAAGAGAUGAGACAAGGGACCAUUUGUUUUUUGCAUUCCCGUACUCUUUCACGGUCUGGCAUAGAUUAGCGAAUCGCAUCCUAGGUACUCAUAUUGAUCCUGACUGGCAGCUGACUCUAGAGAAUCUUCAAGGGCAGAGAGCUGGUACUUUAGACACCAUCCUCUUAAAAAUGCUCUUCCAGAUGACCAUCUAUCAUCUAUGGCGAGAGCGGAAUGCAAGACGUCAUCACACCAGUUGGAUAACAGCAGAGGCCAUGCGAGGGAAAAUUGAUAAGAUGAUGAGGAACCGUAUUUCGUCUUUGAAAUACAGAGCUGGAUACAAGUAUGCACGGUUGCUUCAGAGAUGGUUUUCACACACUUCGUAA